AUGACCAAAGCGACCGCAGUUUUGUUGACCCUCCUGGGUAUCGCAUUCGCUCAAAUCGAUAGAACAUGUAUCGACAUCGUCUUCAACUCCGAAACAAACACGUUAUCGGGUAAAUGCCAGCCUCGUGAUAACUCGGGCUACAUCCCGUCCGAGUUGGACCUCAAUGAUUGUUUCGGAUACGACGGCACCAACAUUACACCAACUUACCAUGGAAACUUUGCUGAGAGUUGUCACGGAUGCGAGAUGUUUGUAGCGCCUGAUCCGUGGUAUGGUGGUGCAGAGUACUGGAUUAGGUGCACUUGCAUGGGACAGAGUGAAAAGGUCGCUGUUCCUCUUGAAGCCGCUGUUGCACAUGAACCAAAGCAAAUCUCAGCUCAGGAGUUCAAGGGGCUAUGCUUGCUCAGCCCUUCUCUUAACCAACUGUACCUCCCCUUUGACUUUGGGAAUAACAAUGGCGCUUUCCGUGACGUCAUCAGAAGCGCCGAUGUUAAGGUAAUGGAGCGAUGCGCCCAGCUUGGAGCUGCACCCGAUAUGAGAUGGGAGAUACCUGAAUCUGACGGCUGCAAACCUAUCGAUGAGCUAUUGGAGAGUGUCUACUUGGGCGAAGCCCCCAUUGGCAAGAGCGUUGACGCUCUGAAGUGGCUUCUAGAAAGGAAGUUUGACAUGAAAGAGCAGGGAAAUCAGCCCUGGUGUAACGCAAACGACUAUUGCGAUCAUUUCCCUGAAUUCCUGAUCACUAUCUUGAACAAGAGCCCUGAUCGUGUCCGCACCGAAGGCAUAUGCCAAAUGAUCCAACUAUUGCACAGCUAUGGUUACUCGCUCCCUUUCCCCAUGAACUUUGCGUCAUAUUUCGGAAGAGGACUGGAAGAUAUUGGAGUUCCAUCUAUCCCAGGACCUUUAGACGUCGCUCUACGCUCUCAUUGCCCACCUGAACUUCUUGGACUUGUCCUUCGAGAUUAUUUACGUCCCCUCGUGAAAUUUGAUGCGACCUCUUUCGCGGGAUUUACUCUCAUGAAAAGAUGGGCAGGAAAAUAUCGCUUCGCGGAACCUAUAGGCUUCUUCGGAGAGCCGAAGUAUCGUGGUGAAGCCGCAGACGUGUUCGGGCAGAAGAUCAAGGUUCUUAUCAAGUAUCAAGUGCUCGACCAGCUCGAGGAGAACAUGUUAAGAGGCAUCGCUGAGUCUAUGCGAUCAAUGACAACUCCUACAAAGGCUAGCAACAUUGGCGUAGUCGAUGAUCGGGAUUCUCAGUGCUGCCGGGAAACACUUUACCGUGCGAACCUCCAUUUCAAGAGUAAUAAACAACAUCGGAUCUUGGACAUCUGGGAUCUCAUUAAUCCAGGCACUGUCUUUUCUAUUCGCCGCGAAUGCCAUCGUUUCAACAUUGACCCCGACGGCAAUGUUUACAAGAUGCCGACGUUGAAACGUCCAUGGGGUAGCGAGGGGGUUGUAAAGAGAGAGAAUAGAAAGUGGGGAGAUCGCGAAUGGAGUCGUUUGUUUGGUACCGACGAUGACACAGGCCUUCAAAUGAUGGGAAGGGUAGGAAGGAGCUUUUCGAGAUUAGCCAGCUGGGCUGAGGGAUGCAGCUACGCGGAUGUUGAGAAGGCUGUAUUGGCGCCGUUGCCGGAAGACUACGAGACCGCCAAAGCCUUACUAGACGAAGCCGAGGCAGAAUAUCAUUUGAUAAGCUCGGGCGCUGUAUGCUCUCUUGGAAAAGCUGGCCCUCACAAUGUCGUCCUGGUCGGAAAAGCUGAGGACAUGGCCAAUGUCUCUGUCUUCGUCAAAGACACUGUCGACGAUUUACUUGAAGCUUUCCCGUCUAUUCGAGCUGGCUUUUUGAUUGGAGUCGACGCUACAGCACCGGAUGAGAGCCUUGCCAAACCAGGCGAUAUCGUCGUGGCAUUUCCGCAAGGCUUUCAACCUGGGCAAGUUCAGGUCGACGUGAAUGAGACAAUUGUUUCGAAUCGCAUCUCAACGACUUUUGAAAUGAGCCACCCGUCCUCCUGUAUCAAAUCUGUUAUCAACGCCAUCCAAUCCCCGGAGGGUCACCAGCACUGGGGCCAAUAUCUGCAACAUCAAUCCUCUCGAGCAGAGCUUGCCUCCACAAAGGAUCAACAGCCGCUGGAACGAAAUACCGAUAAAGCCAACAAAGUUCUACGGGGUAAAGUAGCAUCGUAUGCUCGUCUACUAUCUGAUCGUGAUUUGGCCAACAGGGUCGGAUGCGACAGCAAGAUUAUGUGCUUCGAACGAGCAGGUGCCAUACCUGUUCUCCAAAAUUGA